UCCUCUCCUUCCGGACGUGCACUGACAGUCGAGUGUCUGGAUGCACAGCGACACAUCCACCUUGGAGUUAACCACCUGCUCUGCACCAGAGGGAAUAUAUUUCUUUUUUUUUGGGUGGGAUACUGCAGGACAGUAUACGACGCUCGAGUCCAGGACCCUGAUCAGCUUCCAAGAUGUCAUCUCGAAACUCCUAUAGAGAUGAUGCCGAACGCUACCUUUUUGUCAACCAAAACCCUGUGAGCAUCACCGCCACGCAGGCGGACUGGACGGCCAAGAAGCAGGUUUGGGUCCCCUCCGAGAAGCAUGGCUUUGAAGCGGCCAGCAUCAAAGAAGAACGGGGCGACGAGGUGGUGGUGGAACUGGCAGAGAACGGCAAAAGGGUAGUGAUCAACAAGGAUGACAUCCAGAAGAUGAACCCACCCAAGUUUACCAAGGUGGAGGACAUGGCAGAAUUGACCUGUCUAAACGAGGCGUCUGUCCUGCACAACCUGAAGGAUCGCUACUACUCGGGACUCAUCUAUACGUAUUCCGGUCUCUUCUGCGUUGUGAUUAACCCAUACAAGAACCUGCCCAUCUACACAGAACAGAUAGUGGAGAUGUACCGCGGAAAGAAACGACAUGAAAUGCCUCCACACAUAUACGCAAUAUCAGAAACCGCCUACCGCAGCAUGCUUCAAGAUCGGGAGGAUCAGUCCAUUCUUUGCACUGGAGAAUCUGGGGCUGGAAAGACAGAGAACACAAAGAAAGUCAUCCAGUACUUGGCUCACGUGGCCUCUUCUCACAAGGGCCGUAAAGAGCACACAGCUCCGAACUCCAAUACUAUGUCAUAUGGAGAGCUCGAGCACCAGCUUCUGCAAGCUAACCCCAUAUUAGAAGCUUUCGGCAACGCCAAGACGGUGAAAAACGACAACUCUUCGCGAUUUGGUAAAUUUAUCAGAAUUAAUUUCGACGUCGCCGGAUACAUCGUUGGAGCCAACAUUGAAACCUAUUUACUGGAAAAAUCCAGAGCAGUCCGCCAGGCUAAGGACGAACGGACCUUCCAUGUUUUUUAUCAGCUUUUAGCUGGAGCAGGAGAGCACGUCAAAACUGACUUGUUACUGGAGGGCUUCGGUCAGUACCGCUUUCUAUCCAAUGGAAGCAUUACCAUUCCCGGGCAGCAGGACAAGGAGCUCUUCCAGGAGACCAUGGAGUCCAUGAAAAUCAUGGGAAUUAAUCACGAAGAAAUCAUGUCUAUGCUGAAGAUGGCGUCUGCAGUCCUCCAGUUUGGCAACAUCAUUUUCCGAAAGGAGAGGAACACAGACCAAGCUUCCAUGCCGGAUAACACAGCUGCCCAGAAACUGUGUCACCUACUGGGACUCAACGUGACAGAAUUUACCCGUGCCAUCUUGAUGCCAAAGAUUAAAGUGGGGCGCGAUUACGUCCAGAAGGCGCAAACUAAGGAGCAGGCGGAUUUUGCUGUGGAAGCGCUCGCCAAAGCGUUGUAUGAGCGGCUCUUCCGCUGGCUGGUUCAUCGCCUUAACCGAGCUCUGGAUAGGACAAAGAGACAAGGCGCCUCCUUCAUAGGGAUUCUGGACAUCGCCGGUUUUGAAAUCUUUGAGCUGAACUCCUUCGAACAGCUCUGUAUUAAUUACACCAACGAGAAACUGCAGCAGCUCUUCAACCACACCAUGUUCAUCCUGGAGCAAGAAGAAUACCAACGCGAAGGCAUCGAGUGGAACUUCAUUGACUUUGGCCUGGACCUGCAGCCUUGUAUUGAUCUGAUCGAGAGGCCGGCAAAUCCUCCAGGUGUCUUGUCCCUGCUGGAUGAAGAGUGCUGGUUUCCGAAGGCCACAGAUAAAAGUUUUGUAGAAAAGGUCAUCCAAGAACUUGGCACCCAUCCAAAAUUCCAGAAACCAAGGCAGCUCAGAGACAAGGCUGACCUAUGCAUCAUCCAUUAUGCUGGCAAGGUGGAUUACAAAGCCGAUGAAUGGCUGAUGAAGAACAUGGAUCCUCUCAAUGACAACGUGGCUACUCUCCUUCAUCAGAGUACAGACAAAUUCACAGCAGAGCUUUGGAAAGAUGUCGACAGAAUUGUUGGGCUGGACCAGAUGACUGGGAUGGGCGAGAUGUCAUUUGGAUCUUCAUACAAGACCAAGAAGGGAAUGUUCCGUACGGUCGGACAACUUUAUAAGGAAUCUCUGGCCAAGCUCAUGUCUACGCUGAGGAACACCAAUCCAAACUUUGUCCGCUGCAUAAUCCCCAACCAUGAAAAGAAGGCUGGAAAACUGGAGCCUCACCUAGUGCUUGACCAGUUACGUUGUAAUGGAGUCCUGGAAGGGAUCCGAAUCUGCAGACAGGGCUUCCCAAACAGAAUAAUCUUCCAGGAGUUCAGACAGAGAUAUGAGAUCCUGACACCAAACGCUAUCCCCAAAGGAUUCAUGGAUGGCAAACAAGCCUGUGCAAUAAUGAUCAAGGCUCUAGAGCUGGACCCCAAUCUAUUCCGCAUAGGACAGAGCAAAAUCUUCUUCCGAGCCGGAGUGUUGGCUCACCUGGAAGAAGAGCGAGAUCUGAAAAUCACAGAUAUAAUCGUGCUCUUCCAAGCGGCGUGCAGAGGAUACCUGGCCAGGAAAGCUUUCAAUAGGAGGCAGCAGCAGAUGAGCGCACUGAAAGUGGUGCAGAGGAACUGUGCUGCGUACCUCAAGCUGAGACACUGGCAGUGGUGGCGACUCUUUACCAAGGUGAAGCCCUUACUACAGGUGACUCGACAGGAUGAAGUCAUGCAGGCCAAGGUGGUAGAGCUUCAGAAGGUCAAAGAUACCCAACUGAAAACAGAGAUAGACCUGAAGGAGAUGGGAAGCAAAUAUCAGCAGAUGAUAGAAGAAAAAAACAUUUUGGCUGAACAGCUUCAAGCAGAGACCGAACUUUUUGCCGAAGCGGAGGAAAUGCGCGCCAGACUGGCAGCGAAGAAGCAGGAGCUGGAGGAAAUCCUGCAUGAUUUGGAGUCCCGCGUGGAAGAAGAGGAGGAGCGUAACUUACAAUUACAGAACGAAAAGAAGAAGAUGCAUCAGCAUGUGCAGGACCUGGAGGAGCAGCUGGAGGAGGAGGAGGCUGCUCGGCAGAAACUGCAGCUGGAGAAAGUGACGACAGAGUCGAAAUUAAAGAAGAUGGAAGAAGACGUUCUCCUACUGGAAGAUCAAAAUGCCAAACUCAGUAAGGAAAGGAAGUUGUUGGAAGAUAGAAUUAACGACUUUACAUCAAACAUGGCUGAAGAAGAGGAGAAGAUAAAGAGUCUGAACAAACUUCGCACCAAGUACGAAGCCGUCAUUGCAGAUAUGGAAGAUCGUCUCAAGAAAGAGGAAAAGGGCCGACAAGAGAUGGAGAAAAUGAAAAGGAAGUUGGAUGGAGAGACAUCAGAUUUACAGGAUCAGAUCUUAGAGCUUCAGCAGCAGAUUGAGGAACUGAAGCAACAACUGGCCCGUAAGGAAGAAGAGCUGCAGGCGGCACUUGCUAGGAUUGAAGAAGAAGCAAGCCAAAAGAAUAGUUUACUGAAACAGCUUCGGGAGCUCCAGUCUCAGAUCUCAGAAUUACAAGAAGACAUGGAAUCUGAAAAGGCCUCUCGGGCAAAAGCAGAGAAGCAGCGCCGGGACCUUGGAGAAGAGCUGGAGGCAUUGAAGUCUGAACUUGAAGACACUCUAGAUUCUACUGCCACACAGCAAGAACUUAGGGCAAAACGUGAGCAGGAGGUGACUGAUCUGAAGAAGAACAUUGAAGAAGAAGCAAAAGUCCACGAGUCUCAGAUUGUUGAAAUGCGACAGCGCCACACACAGGCUCUGGAGGAUCUCUCCGAACAGCUUGAACAGUCACGGAGGUUUAAAGUGAAUCUGGAGAAAGUGAAACAGUCACUAGAAAGCGAGAACGCCGAUCUAGUGAAGGAAGUCAAAAAUCUUCAUGGCACAAAACAAGAAUCAGAGCAGAAGCGAAAGAAAUUAGAAGCACAGGUGUCUGAGCUCCAGGUCCGAGUCGGUGACAGCGAGAAGGCGAAGGCGGAAUUGGCAGAAAGGCUACAGAAACUCCAGGCUGAACUGGAUAGUGUGUCGGGAUCGUUGGGAUCCACAGAAAGCAAGUCCAUCAAACUAACCAAAGAUUUGUCUACAGUGCAAUCACAACUGCAGGAUACCCAGGAAUUAUUGCAAGAAGAGACAAGACAGAAGCUAAACUUUAGUUCUAGAGUAAAACAUUUGGAAGAUGAGAAAAAUAACCUGCUGGAGAACCUUGAGGAAGAAGAGGCGGCCAAGAAUCAGCUCGCCCGUCAGCUUCAGGCACUACAACAACAGCUCCUUGAUUCUAAGAAGAAGAUGGAGGAGCACGGAGGUGCAGUGGAGAGCUUGGAAGACACCAGGAAGAGAAUGGCUAAGGAGAUAGAUCUUAUGCAGCAACGUAUGGAGGAGAAGCAUCAAACCAAUGACAAGCUGGAGAAGAGCAAGAACCGUCUGCAACAAGAACUGGAUGACCUUAUGGUGGAUCUGGAUCACCAGCGGCAAAUAGUUUCAAGUCUGGAAAAGAAACAGAAGAAGUUUGACCAGAUGUUGGCAGAAGAGAAGAACAUAUCAGCACGCUAUGCCGAGGAGAGAGAUAGGGCAGAGGCAGAGGCUCGGGAGAAGGAAACAAGGGCUCUGUCCCUAAGUCGAGCACUUGAAGAGUCUCUUGAUCUAAAGGAUGAACUCGACAGACAGAACAAGUUGCUGCGGGCAGAAAUGGAUGACCUUGUCAGUUCCAAGGAUGAUGUUGGCAAGAACGUUCACGAUUUGGAAAAAGGUAAAAGAGCACUGGAGCAGCAAGUCCAGGAAAUGAAGACACAGAUAGAAGAACUAGAGGAUGAACUUCAGGCCAUUGAAGAUGGAAAACUCCGUCUGGAGGUCAACAUGCAGGCCAUGAAAGCACAGUUUGACAGAGAUCUCCAAAACCGUGAUGACUCAAAUGAUGAAAAGAAGAAACUCUUGAUCAAGCAGGUGCGGGAUCUAGAGGUGGAGCUGGAUGAAGAACGCAAGCAGAAGGCUCAAAUUCUAGCCGGCAAGAAAAAAUUGGAGAUGGACCUUCAGGACAUGGAAAGUCAAAUUGAUGGCGCUAACAAGGGACGAGAAGAAGCAGUUAAACAGAUGAAGAAACUACAGCUCCAGUUGAAAGAGGUUUGGCGUGAAGUGGAGGAGACUCGGUCAUCUCGAGAGGAAAUGUUCAUCCAGUCUAAAGAGAAUGAGAAGAGACUGAAGAGUCUGGAAGCAGAACUUCUCCAGCUACAAGAGGACUUGGCAGCUGCGGAAAGGGCAAAGAGACAAGCUCAACAGGAACGAGACGAUCUGGCAGAUGAACUGUCUAAUGGUGUCAGUGGCAAAUCCGCCCUGUUGGACGAGAAGCGCGCCUUGGAGGCCAGGAUUGCUCAGCUGGAGGAGGAGUUGGAUGAGGAGCAGAGUAAUAUGGAGCUCCUCAAUGACAGAUACAGGAAGUAUACGUUACAGGUGGAGACAAUGACCACUGAGCUUGCGGCAGAGAGGAGCUUCUCCCAGAAGGCAGAGAACGCCCGUCAGCAAAUGGAGAGGCAGAACAAGGAACUGAAAGCGAAGCUGAAUGAGAUGGAUUCUUCUGUCAGGGCCAAAUACAAGAUUACUAUUGCAUCCCUGGAGUCUAAGAUUGCUCAGCUGGAGGAGCAAAUGGAGCAAGAAUCAAAGGAGCGUGUCCUGGCCAACAAACUGGUGCGACGCGCUGAAAAGAGGCUGAAGGAGGUCCUCUUACAAGUCGAGGAGGAGAGAAGGAAUGCCGAUCAGUUCAAGGAUCAGCUGGAGAAAGCACAUAUCCGUAUGAAGCAGCUGAAACGCCAGUUGGAAGAAUCUGAAGAGGAGGCCUCAAGAGCCAACUCCAACCGCCGGCGACUUCAGAGGGAACUGGAAGACGUGACUGAGUCCGCAGAGUCCAUGAACCGAGAGGUGACAACGCUGAGGAGCCGGUUAAGCAAAUUAGAGCGCCAGCAACGCAAGAGGGCCCCAGUUCAGUUCACCACCCGAACCAUUCGUCAAGUUUACCACCUCGAAGCCGUUUCCGACGAGGAACCAGAAGCAAAUAGCGGAGAACCGUCAACCAACCAUCAGCAGCAGCAGCAACACCCUCAGCCCGAGUGAUGCCCUGACGCAGAGGAACGGCGGUGGGGGGGGGUUUCUACCUCUACCCUAAACCUAAAGAUAGACUGGUGAAACAGAAACGAACGGAAUGACGCAUCACUUACCAUAGCUCAUAGGCCGCCCCCCCCCCCCCCUCCAUGAAAAUGACUUCUUGAAUGAGUGACUAAACGCUCCAUAUGAGUGCACUUGACCCUUUGUUUCCUUAUCUCAGCCAUGAUUUUCACAGAGCACUUUAUAUGGGAUUAACUCAAGGUUUUUUUUUUUUGGCAGGGUUUGAGACUAUACCGGUGUCUGGCCGCAGGACAUAUGAACAUACAGUGAAACCUCUUUGAGAAGACCUUCUUGGGCAGUGGUCUUCUUAGAGAAGUUGGCCAAUAUACAUAAUACAUGGCCAAUCUAUUACAGGAAAUCCAGCCUUCAAAGAGGUGGUCUUUUGGAGAGGUUUCACUGUACCUAUGAGGUGUUGCCCUAAAACUUCCAGCUCCUACCAUUCUCAGUUUAGAUAGGGUCUGUUAAAUUACUUAAUAAAAUAUGGUUCUCUGCUCUUCAAGCUGCAAUGGAAUGUAUGAUGUGAAAGCGUCAACCAUGUGAAAGCGACCACUGUGUCAUCCGCCACGAUUAGCUUUGUGCAUUCUCGAAAUCGCCAACGGCACAAAGUGGUGCUGGUGUCACAAGACCUCAUGAUGGCAUCAAGAAAUCAACCAACCACUCACACAGGCCUAAGCCCCCUGCUAGAAACACAAAAUAAUAUACCCCCAAGCUUCAAGAGGCAUAGAGCAUUUUAUAGGGUUAUGAGGUAUAUUCUUUAUUCUAUUGCAUCCCUAUAGCAAAACUGCACAACAAGCAUGCCGUCUUACCUAACGCUCUGUGCUAUGGUUCUCCUUACGCAUUGCCUUCUAUUCUUCCUGCUGCCUUCGAUUAGGAAUGUACUUUGAAAUCUUCUCUGGCAGUUUUGUAUAUAAAGGGGGCAGCUAAUACCGUAAUUAAACGUUAACAUAGCGACUCGUAGAAAUGCAGUCUUCCAACCUUCCCGCCACGUUCUACAAUAAUACUGUGCUUCUUAUGUAAUAAGUCGGACGCCCAGACUGCUCGCUGAAUGCGGAUUAACUAAGUCGGGAUUGAGAAACCGUCUUCAUCUCUAAGCCUUGACUUGCUCUUGAAUGUGACUGUAACGACAGCUGCUUAAUAUCGGUGCCUUAGUGAUAGUUGAGAUUUCCCCUUUGUAAGGGUUCUUCGAAAUUCUCAUGACAUUUAUUAGGGGAUACAGGUAUUUGUAAAAUAGCAGACCAGUUUAAAGGGAAUGCGUCAUCAAAAAGUGACGUUUUUAUGUUAAACAUUUUUUAAUAAUUGGGAGUUGUUUUAAUUUUCCAUGUCACUGUAUUAAAAUAAAGCUAAAAUCUUGGAUUUUUCACUUUGGCCACUGAGCCGUAUAGUAGACUGAUACUUCCUGUCCUGUAGAGACCACUUCCCAGUAGUCAUCUCAUUAUCAUCACGGGCAGGAUUACAAUGACAGGUAAUAUAUAUAUAUAUAUAUAUAUAUAUAUAUAUAUAUAUAUAUAUAUAUAUAUAUAUAUAUGAUGCACCAUUCACAAACGGUAAUGGUCACAGCUCACCUCCUUCUCCUCCCUGCGCAAUGACCUUUGCACAGAGCGUGUCUACAUAGUCUCCCAUAGUCAAUGGGAAACAUUCAUCCAAAAUGUUGUAAAGGAAAACUGGCUUACUUGCUCUGAAGAAUGAAAGGUGGAAUCGGAUUAGUUGGUAUUGUCAACUAAGCCAGUUUUUCUUUACACCAGUUUUGAUAAAUCUCCCCCAAAGACUACAGGUUCCUAUAGCUGCCGUAAAAAAAAUAUAUAUAUAUCUGAAUGCUGUUAACAGCAACUCCAGCAAAAUGGUCGACUCUAUAAUAUGCAGAAAGCAGAAUAAAAAAAUGUAUAAUUGGGAAAUAAAAAAUUAAUUUGUAAAAGGAAAAACAUUUAUUUUACAAUAUAAUAUCUACCAAAAAAUCUAGGUGAUACAUUCCCUUUAAUCAGUCAAUGUGAACUCCCAGAUCUAUCUCUGGCUCUGUGGCCAGCUGUGCUCGUAUGAUCUGUCUUUUCAGCUCUCGGUUAUUGCUUCAUUAAAUUUACUCGAAGGGCGCGCCACUUUAGAUUUGUCAAAGAAUCGGUAAUAGGGCUUGAAAAAACAAAAGCCAGCCCAGGCCCUGAACCCGUUGACACAUGUGAAAUCCAAACUGUAGAACUUCAGACUGGACCAGACGACGAUCAGGUUUCCGUCUUAAGACUUCUUCUUUUUUUUUAUUUUUUUUUAUAUAUAUUCUCGUCUUAAGAGUCAGCAGCUCAGACAGAUGUUUUUGAGAGUUUCAUGGCCUGAUAUCUAAGGCAUAAGGUUACUAUUCUGUAGGUCAGGAAAUGCACAGAAUUCAUUUAUAGCCGACCGGUCUACUCAGAAGCCUAUGAUGUGUAAAUGAUGUCUUCACGGGAUUAUCAGGUUCAUUGUUAAAAUAUAAUCUUAUAUUUUUCUGUUAAAUCUAAAGAUGUAUUUUUAAAGGCGGAUCAGGACGCUUUAGUUGGUCUUUUUUGUGUAUUCUUUAAUUUUCUUUUAUUUUAAUUAAAGACGAGAUGAGCAAUGGGCUAGAAAUAAGAAAACGGCCAAACAUCUUACAGAUAGAACAUGGCUUUCAUCUUAAACCAUUGUUUGUCUCUCUCAUGUACAUUUUCCUUUAGGCUAUACCUUGUUUUUAGCAUCAAUCUGGCAUUGAACCUCUUUUGUUUGAACCUUUUACAUGCAUCAUGUUGUUAUAGCUGCGGUGACCUAAUAACUAUUUUUUAGUUUUUUUUUUCUUAUGUUAGAUCUAUGUUUUAAAAAAAAAAUGUCAUAAAGGAAACUCACUACAAAAGUAAGCUACCAUGUCCUGGAACCAAACGCUAAGAUUAAAACAUUUCUGUUGAAAACGAGGUGUAUGUAUGUGCCUGAAAGUUAAUAAAAAGUUAUAGUCAAA